UGACGUCACGAAAGGACUGUCCAGGCCAUGAUGGCGGAGCGUAGUGGUCCCGGUUCCAGGAGUUCCUCCACGCCCGGAGCCCGUUACUCGGUGCUGGUCGUGGUGGGAGCGCUGCGGAGCCCCGGGCUGCUGGAGCGGCUGCUGCGGCAGAUAGACUCAGGUGUGCGGUGCUGGUCCAUGGACUUGGAUGUCUCAGUUCUGGAUCAGCAGCUCAAACUCUUUGUAUCACGUCAUUCAGCUUUUCUGUCCGAGGACGUCCCAGGUCAGAAGACUCUGCGUCACCAUGGAGAUGUCCUGGACACGCAGGUUGUUGUGAAUCCAGUUCAGGACUUUGUUUGUGCUGAGGUGCGGCGGCUGCUCUGUGACUCUUCUCGUCACAAACUGUUGCUUCUUGUUGGCCAGUGCGUGGAACAGAGCGGUGACAUUGUGUUACAGAAAGGCUGCUUCUCUCUCAGUGACUUCAUCAACAUUCUGGCUGAUGAAGAGGUGACAGAGUUGUUGAGCUCCGCCCACCCCUCGGUGAAGGCCAGCCUCACCCUCAGCUGUCCAGACCACGGUCUUUGGAGGAACUCUGGUUUGGAGACUCAUGACAUUCAGGACAUCAUAAACCUGCAGAUCAAUCCUCCUUCCAUCCUCCCACAAAUGGAGGGUCUACAGGAGUUCACCGAGUAUCUCUCUGAGUCACUGGAGCCCGAGUCGCCCUUUGACCUCCUGGAACCACCGAGCACUGUGGGUUUUUUGAAACUCUCUCGGCCCUGCUGCUACGUCUUCCCUGGUGGGAAAGGGGACUCGGCCUUCUUUGCCGUCAAUGGUUUUAAUGUUCUGGUGAAUGGCGGCUCUGACCCUCGCUCCUGCUUCUGGAAACUGGUUCGACACCUGGACAGAAUUGACUCUGUGCUCCUGACUCAUAUCGGUGUGGACAAUCUGCCCGGGCUGAACAGUCUUCUGCUGAGAAAAGUAGCCGAGCAGGAAGAAGAUUCCACAACUCGGAGUGAAGAGGACUGGAUGAAGAACCUCAUCUCUCCUGAGAUUGGUGUGGUUUUCUUCAAUGUUCCCGACAGACUAAAAUCCAUUCAGGAAGAUCCCAGCGAGUUGAGGAGCUGUGACCAAGUGGCUCUCACUCUUCAGUACUUGGAAAGACUGGCAGUCAAACCCGAACCUCUCUGCCGGGUUAGUGGACCCAUUCUAGAACCAGUUAUCUUGUUUCAAAAGAUGGGCGUGGGCCGCCUGGAACUGUACACUCUCAAUCCAGUCAAUGGAAGUAAAGAACUGGAAGCUUUAAUGCAGAUUUGGCCAAACAAUGGAUCAAAUGUAAAAGGCUCAAAUCUUCCACUGCCGUGCCUGGUUUCCAUCUGUGCUCUGCUGGUCUGGCAUCCUUUCAGCCCUCAGGAGAAGAUCAUCCGUGUCCUUUUCCCAGGAUGCACGCCACAGGCCAAGAUUCUGGAUGGACUUGAAAAACUUAAACAUCUAGAUUUUCUCAAACAUUCAUCAGUGUGUUUGAAAGAUCUAGAAAUAUCCAAAACGGAGAAACAACCGAAACGAGCAGAGAGUCGGGAAAGCCUUAAGACCAGUUCUAAGGACUUCAGACCCAGUAGUGCCCUACAGAAAGACAAGCUCAAAAAACACGAGUUGAAAGUCAAGCCAAAGGCAGCAGCCAAUGUCGCUCCCAAAGACAAGUCGGAUGGAGAAGAGAAGCCAAAAAUAAAGGAUGUAGAUGGUAAAUCAAAGCCACUGAAACCUCCUGAAAAACCUGUUCCAAAGAAAGAAGCGUCAAAGGAAGAGAAAAGGGAAGUGAAGAAGAAAGAUGAGAAAGUUACUGUUUCAAAGAAGGAAGAGAGUACAGAGAAAAAGAAGGAAGCUGUCAGGAGGGAAACUGCGAGUGCAAAGCCAAAGAAAGACUUUAAAUUUGAACCAAAGAAAGAUGGUAAGAAAGAUGUAAAGACUGAGGAGAAGAAAAUGACAAAGCCAGCUGUUAAAGAAGUGAAAAAGGCAUCAGGUGUGGCCUCAGGUGUGGCACCAACACCAGGCUCAGAACUAAAGAAAGGACCAGGAAAGACUGGAACCCUGCAGAAGAAAGACACUUUGAACAAAGGGUCAAAAUGUAAGUCAGAAUUAAAAGAGCAGGAAAAUUGUAAAGAGGACAUGACGGGCAAUGAUGACGACAAUGGGAACAAAGGUCAAGCGGCCACAGCAGACUUAGGAUUCAACAAGAACCAGACUUCCACUGUGGAGAGUCCUGAAAUGUUUCGCAGUGUUGACAUGGACCAGAAAAGGGCUGCCCCUUCACCCCAUGCCAAAACACCAAAAAGUGACCUCAGCGUUAACUUUGACCUCAAUCCGACUUCAUACCAGCCAGUCGUGGGAUCCCCGAAAAACACACCUGAUGACGUUUAUGGGAGCUCUGAAGAGAAAACUUUGGAGCUGGUCUCUCCUGCAGACUCAGCCCUGAAUAGUGCAGGACACACCCCUUUCCAACAGUCUCUGGAAGAAGACACUCAGUGGGACACCAGCCUUGGAGCGAGAGGGUCAAGCCUGGGCUUUGAGGACUACAAUCAGGGAGGUUCUUGUAGGACCUCAGACCUGAGUUCCCUGAGGGAGGGCCUUGAAAAUUCCACAACGACUCAGGACAAAAUAUCAAGCCUCUUAAAAGACCUAAUGCCAGACUCCUCCCCCACCAUGACCUCCAUGCCUGCUGAGGUCAGCUCGCCUCACUCCACAGAAGUCGAUGAAUCCCUGUCAGUUUCUUCAGACCAGGUGGCGCUGUCGCCCAAAGGAUCCAUUGGAGAUGGAGUCUUCUCUAACGGACAUGCUGUUGACCUGACCCGACCCCUCAAGUGUUGUGGAAAUGGAUUUGAAGAGCAUAUUCACGGGAUGUCGGAACUCUCUUCCGAUGUUUGUCAUGAUGUGGAUUUGUGUCUGGUGUCCCCUUGUGAGUUUCAGCAUCCCAGGACACCAGAGACCCAUCAGCAGCAUGUCGGCCCUGAACCUUCUACUGGUAACUUACCUGACAUCUCAGGAAACAACAACUCCUCUCAGGAUCAGAACAGCAGCCAAUACCCUUUAGCCUACAGCCAGGAAACUCUGCCCACAUCAAUCAGCGACUCUAUUCCAUCGGCCACAGAUUCUGAUGUCCCACCUGGCACUGAGGACUGUCCUUCAAUCACUGCAGACUCUGAUGAUGACUCCAGUGGCCUGAUUCUGCUGUCCUCCCAUGACCCACACCCUGUCCCAGUCAAGGACCCGCCUCCUUUACCGCCCCAGCCUGGAGCCUGCAUGGCAGACACUGAGACUGAUGGAUUGAGUAGGAGUCUGAAGAGUUCUGCUGCCAAAAAGAAACAAUCUGGUUUGAUGCAGAAGGUGUCCACCGGGAGCUCCACAGCUAAUAACGGAAAGUCCAAGGCAAGCAGUUCCUCCGGGUCACUGAAGAUUGCGUCCAGUAUCGAUGUCAAGCCAUCUUCCCGGAAUUCCCUUGGUGGAUCCAGAAUUGGAACAGCGAGACCUCAGUCCUCAGUGUCCAAAGUGGCGGGUUCUGCAGUCUAUUUGGAUCUGGCUUACCUGCCGUCAAGCCACGCCUCCUCCACUGUCGACGUGGAGUUCUUCAGAUGCAUCCGCUCAUCAUAUUACAUCAUCAGUGGGGAGGAGCCAGUGAAGGAGGCGUCUAUGAGGAGCAUCCUAGAUGCCCUGCUGGAUGGGAAAAGCAACUGGCCCGACGUCCAGGUGACCCUGAUUCCGACCUUUGAUUCGCUGGCAAUGCAUGAGUGGUACCAGGAGACUCACGACAGGCAGGGGGCGCUGUCUGUCACCGUGCUGGGCAGCAACAGCACCGUGGCCAUGCAGGAGGAGACUUUCCCUGCCUGCAAGGUCGAGUUCUAAGCCCCGCCCCCACACCACUCAACAGGUGGAGAAUUUGACUGUUAUUGUUGCCAUGGUUACAAAUCAUAGCUUCACCUGUGUGACAUCAACAGAAACUUCCUGUCACUUACCGACAUCAAAGUCGUAAACAUUUCCAUGAUGAUUACAUUGAUCGCAUUUUUCUUUCUUUUGAAGAAAGCAUGUAACGUUACCAUGGUUACACUGGUGAUUGAUCUUUAAACUUUAUUACCCAUGAUCCUCAGCGGUUAAUGCUCAGCUCUAAAGUCUGCCACUCUCUGAUUGGACAGUGAUUGCAUUUUAAUUAUCAGUAUCUUAGGAGAAUGUUCCAUUAUCAAUAUUAUCAAUAAUCAAUAUUAUAUAUUUGAGAAAAGACUGAAAAAAAUCCCAACAUUUCUUUUUAAUUAAUUAAUUCAUUCAUUCAUUCAUUAUUUAUUUAUUUAUUUUUCUUUUAAACACCAUGAGACUGAACGUUGGUACGAUACAUCGAUCACUAAUCGAUCGAUUGAUUGGCGACUGAAGCUUAGUGACAUUAAACAUUAAAGGACCAGACCGCUGUUUUUACUGAGACUUUUUAAAAAAAUCAGAUUUCAGCAGUGGGAAGUGAAAAAUAUUUUUUUAAAGAAUUGACAAAAUGACAGUUAAUGUUCAGCCAUUAUUAUUGUUAACAAUAAUAAUGAUAAUAUUAUGAUUAUCGAUAAUAACGUUAUUACAGUAACUGAAUUUUACUUUAUUUCUUUAAAUGUUUGGAUUUUUUUUUCUUUAUUGUGAAACUGAAACAUGAAUUAUAAGUGUAAUGACACACACACACACACACACACACAGAAACACUAUGUUUACACUUUCUUUCAAAAUAAAAGUUUCCCUUCA